CACCACUCAUCCCAUCGCAUAUCAGAUACCAGCAACAUGUCGUACACCAUCGCCGGCAAGAAGAUCCUCAACGAGCACCUCGCCCUAGGCAUCUUUGGCCUCUACGGUCUUGGUGGCUUUCUCGCUACCAGGGGAGGCAGUGAGCCCAAGCCUGCUGGAGGAGCUGCUGGAGGUCCCAAGUCGGUCGACCCACCCAUCAAUGCUGCUAGCUCUGACGAAGAGGCUUUCAUCAAGAAUUUCCUAGCAGAGGCAGAAGGACACGGUGACAAGAGCGGAGAGCGUCUCGUCUAAGCGUCUCCCCGGCCAAAUAAUUCAGUGAUGUUGGGCUCUUUGUAGACUGUCGUCUCCCACUUGUCAGCAAACAGCAAUACAGUGGAAUCGAUCAAGGAGAUGAGAUAAGAGACCGGAGAUAGGGCAGCGUGAAUGCACGAUGCUUGCUCGAAGCGAGAGGUGCAGCGCAUACAGAUUGGGUGAGGCACCUCUGAGCGUAUGGGUACUAAAAGUCUAGAUCCUCGUCCGGAUCCUCUUCAUCUUCCUCAUCAGCG